AGCAUCGCCAUUAUGUCUGUUAAUCUGGAUGCAUACACGCCCGCCGAGGUCAUCGAGUUUGUUGCCCGGGCGGGCGCCGCCAAGGGAAACAUGCGUCUCGAUAAGGUGUUUUUUAGCGCCGUCUCGGCGGGAUGUCUGCUUGGAUUGGCGUGUGGGACGUCGUUGAGCACGAAUACGAGUUCGUGGUUUCAGGAAAAUGCCCCCGGGUUGAUUCGCACGAUUGGUGCGCUGGUGUUUCCGUAUGGUUUGUGUAUGAUUAUUUUGACGGGCGCGGAUUUGUGUACCGGGUCGUUUAUGUAUACUACGGUCGCGGCCCUCCAGCGCCAACUCCCCUGGUAUAAGAUGCUCUUGCACUGGUUCGUCACCUUUUGGGGAAAUCUCUGCGGUUCGCUUUUCCUGGUCGCGAUUAUUUUUGGCUACGGCGAAGUCUUCUCCACCGACCCCUACAAAUCCGAAGUAAUCGCCUACGCGACCAAAAAGCAAGUAACUCCGCAGUUCCAACAAAUCUUCCUCCGCGGCAUCGGAUGUAACUGGCUCGUCUGUUUGGCAUGUUACUUUGGGAUUCAGGGCCGCGACCUCGCAUCUAAGAUAAUCGGUAUCUGGUGGCCGAUCUUUGGGUUCGUGUCGUUGGGGUUCGAUCACGUUGUGGCGAAUAUGACCUUCAUUCCGUUGGCGAUUUGGUUGGAUGCUCCGGAUAUCACGGUCGGGUUGUAUAUCUGGAAGGGGAUUAUUCCGACCCUCUUGGGGAAUAUUGUGGGGGGUGGGUUGUUUGCUGGGGCAUACUAUUGGUACAUGUACCUCUUACCCGGAGAGACUAUGAGUCUGGCUGCGUUGCGGAGACGACAACAACAACAAUCUGCGGGGAGUUCGGAGGUGACGGCUACAGCGGGCGGGAAGGAUGAUGUGGAGGCGUCUGCGGGGGUAUUGGAAAAGACGGCAUGAGAUCGGAAAGUGGAUAAUUGGAUGGGAUAGUUAAUGUGAUGUGUGUAUACGAGAAUAGUAACACUGCUGCACCUGCAUCAGGCAUCCAUGAUCGACGCCCGGUCGAUUUACGCCCCGGCCAAUCAUUACCCGGAAUGAAGGGGUCGGCUGUGCUGUCCGCUGCCAAGAUAUCCCUGGCGGUUUCAGGCAUCCAUUUGUCACGG